CUUCGUUAGGACAACUACUCGUACGCUGAGAGUUAUACGUUGAUACCAAACCGAUUUCAUCAUGCCACCGAAAGCCAGUGGGAAAGCGGUGAAGAAGGCGGGCAAGGCUCAGAAGAACAUCAGCAAGACCGAUAAGAAGAAGCGUAAGAAGAGGAAGGAGAGCUAUGCUAUCUACAUCUACAAGGUGUUGAAACAAGUACACCCUGAUACUGGCAUUUCCAGCAAAGCCAUGAGCAUCAUGAACAGCUUCGUCAACGAUGUGUUCGAGAGAAUUGCCGCCGAGGCGUCAAGAUUGGCGCAUUACAACAAGCGAUCGACGAUCACGUCUCGUGAGAUACAGACCGCCGUCAGGCUUCUUUUACCCGGAGAAUUGGCAAAGCACGCUGUCAGCGAGGGAACGAAAGCAGUGACCAAGUACACUAGCUCCAAGUAAAUUGGAAUUGACUACGACGACCGUAUAAACGGCCCUUUUCA